AUGUAUGUGUUGGGGAAAGACUUGAGUAUGAAUGCUGUUAAGCAGUUCAUGAUACGGUCUUGGAACUUCAUUAAGUUGCCUGAACUUUUCUACCAUGAAGAUGGCUAUUUCUUGAUGAAAUUCAAGAACAACCAGGAAAAGGAUAUGGUGCUAUUGAGGGGUCCAUACUCAAUUCACAACAUGCCAAUGAUUCUAAAGAAUUGGAGCCCGCAGUUCAACUUUCAACGUGAUAUGAUACGAACGAUUCUGGUGUGGAUUAAACUGCCAAACCUCCCGUUGCAAAUGUGGGGAGCUUCAAGCCUAGGAAAAAUUGGAAGUGCAAUUGGUAAGCCACUUUUCACAGAUGAAUGCACGACAAACAAACUGAGAAUAUCAUAUGCACGCAUCCUUGUGGAAAUUGACAUCACUAAGAAACAGAAAGAGAGCAUCACAAUUAAGGAUUGUGAGGGGAACAAAUUUAAUCAGCCUAUGGAAUUUGAAUGGAAGCCCAAAUAUUGUGACAUUUGCCAGAAGGUAGGUCAUCAGUGUGACAAAGAGAAACCGAAGGAACAAAAAAGGUGGCAACAAGUGAAGACUGCAGAGGGACAGACCGCAAUAGUGGUGAGCACAAGCAAGGGUAAUACUCCAGCAGAGGUGAGUACACCUAACAAUCCCAUUGAUAACUCUUGUGAUACUUGGACUGCAAUAGCAAAUAAUAGGAAAUUUAAAGGGAGAGCUGUGUUCCCUGAGGGAGAGAAUGUUCAGGAUAUAUCAUGUAGGAAUGGAUUUGAUGCCCUGAGGAUUGGGGAGGGUUCUGCAGGGGCACAAGCACAUGUGCCAUGA